GCGUUGUUCAUCAAUGCAUGUAUAAACGAAGAAUGUUAUUAUGGGGUUCUUCACAACUAUAUUUCUUAUUUUUUGCAUUAUUUGUACAUUAUUGCUGAAAUUCACAGAGGGGGCAUGUCAAUGCAACCAAAUGCUUCAUCCAGGUAAAUAUCUUUCAGUGAAUAUUCGAGUAUUUUGCUCCAUUUGAUCGUUCAAAGACACUGUUUUUAUGAACACAGACAUGCUUCUAGCUAGCUGUAUAAAUCUAUGAUUUUCAACCCCUUUGAUAAAGUAUAAUUUACAGCCUUUGAAGAUAUUUUAAAUUGGAUAUUGUAUGCACAUUUAUAGGCGUUUUUUCUGGAGAAAGAAUGACGUUUGCCGCUGAGGUAAGUUUGGCGUAGUAGCAGCAGACAGAUGUCAUUGUCAUGUUGUGUUUUGAAGCUGGUAGUACUAGUGUGUACAGAAAUGAUAUAAGUUCUGUCGAAACAUACAUACUCCAAAGCUGUUAAACUGGCAUUAUAAAUUACGAAAAUUUGUGAAAUAAAACCUAAGGAAUUGGAAGCCGACGUUCGUAUGGCCAUUUUGCAUGAAAUAUGUAUUAUACAUUGAGUCGUUCACCAACACCUUGUACUAUGUGUGCGUGGUUGUAUUUAUUUCCGCAAAGGGGCCUUAACAUGUGUAUUUUCCUUAUUCCAACACUAUUACAAUUAAAAGCCAUGAUUCCUAUGUAUGUGAGUCUCCAAGGAGUCUCCUAACUUUCUGUGUGAAACGACUAUUUUUCUACGUAGCGAUAUUUCUAGAUUCAUUUAAUUUUGUUAUUUUUAUGUAGGGAAAUCAUGAGCGUGAAACGAGGUAACCUUUGUUUUGCAUUUUCAAGUUUCAUUUCACUUUUGUUCGUUAAAUUUUGAAUUCUCUAAAAUAUAUUUGACACGGGGAAUAUAUUACAAGCAUACAAAACCCAUUAAGCUUUACUAUUAAUGGGACAACGGCAAUGAACAUUUGUCAAAGAGUUGGCAAAGCUGUAUAUAAUCCUGUGAAUGCCUUCACGACUUUCUCUUCGCUUAUCACGCAAACUAUCUCGAUUAAAAGAGAAUAUAAACGUGGUCUAGAUUUUUCAGUUUGAUUAAUCUAUGGGCUAUGCAUUGUCAAAUAAUAAUUUUUUGUUGUAAAUGUUUUGUGACAGUUAUUAUUUUAGUGGUUUUUCGUGAGUGUAUUGACAGUAUUGUCUAGUAUAUACGAACAACGUUUGCUGAGUAGAACAAUUUGUUUUACUUUAGGUCUGAUAAUGAUGGUAAACAGUCAUUUAACAUGGGAGCCAUCAGUUUUGAACCGCCUUAUCUUGAUUUUGGGGAGCAGUAAGUAACAGUUCUAAAUGUUUCCGUGAGAUGAUGUGUUGCACUAAAUUAUCGUACAGUCUGUCGCGCAGUAACACCUGCUUUGUUUACUUCUGGUUGUAAAAGGCCGGCAUCGCAGAAGAAACGCAUUGUUUUGUCAGUUUAAAACUAUUAACAUCCUAACAUAUUAUCUUUAUGUACUUUAUAACAAGGGUGAGAACUCAGAUCAGGAUUUGAAUAUAAAUUUCUUUAAAGUACAUGCAACUAUAGAGAUUGUUCUGAACAGAAUUAUUUACUUCUCCUGCUGUGAGUUUCAGCAUCCCAAUCAAUCAUUUUAAUUUUAGAUUAUUUUUAUUUAGUUACUUUUAUAGAGGCUUUCUAGUUUGUUUUCCAAUAUGUGACGUUAUAUGUCUGCAUUAAUAUUUACUGUAUCAUAUCAAUGUUAGCCCUGCCCAUGCAGUGCUAUCCCCCUAACUGUUAACGAGGAAAAUCAUCUGGCAUUAGACAGAGUAAAAUAGUAAAGUAGGGCUGCAUUGGGGAGCAAUGCAACUUAAUGGGUUAAUCUCCAACACUUUUCCCUUGAAAGCUAGGGUAAAAUGAGGGGAUAAAAUUGUCUGUGAUUAGAGAGAGGCAUAGGGGCACAUUGUGGUUUAACCCAUUGAGUGCCAGCACUCUCCCAUUCACAAGUAAAAUCAUCUGGUGUUAGACAGAGUAAAAUAAUAAAGUAUGGUGCAUUAGAGUGCAACUUAAUGGUUUUGCCAUUAAUUGAAACUUACCCCAAUGCAGGUUCAAUUAUGUCAUUUUACUCUAUCUAAAGCCAAAUAAUUUUGUGGGAACCCAGUACACCCUACUCUUCUUAUACAUGGUGAUGAUCUGAACAUUUAUUAAUUGUAGCUCUCUCCUCUGCAGAUGCUUUUUUACUGCCCUUGUGAUGUCACACAUAUUAGAUAGCGAACAGGGAGACCACAACUGUCUCCCACAGCUUACUCCCACUAGACCAUACAGAGUCUGUUUAUUGCACUCUGGCUCAAAUGGCCUUGUUUUCAUGUGCUUAUUUUCAUGUGCUUAUUUUCUCAUGUUUUGUGCACAAUAAGUUUAAAUUAAGGAUAGGUGUGAUUGGGAUCAAGAUUGAAGAGAAAUGUGCACAAGACAUGAGGAUAUAAUUAACCUUCUUGUGUGCCUGUCACGCUGCCAUACAUGUAAACACAGGGAUGGAUUUACUGUGGGGGGUGCAGGGGGUGCACACCCCCCUAGCCCUGGCCAGAGGGGGUGCAGGGAGGGGUGCUAUUUUUUAUGAUAAAGCAAAAAAAGACAAAAUGAGAUACAGUAAUUUGAGUAAUAACAUGAUUAUAAGUGAACUGUGAACAACAAGUACAAUUUAAAUACAGUAGUUGAUGGGCGGGCGGCACACAUGACCGACACAACUCGGCAGUCGGCACUAGAGCACCCCCCUACCAGAUCAUGCUGGAUCCAUCCCUGUGUAAACAAGGCUAUUGGAGCAAAAAUGCACUAAACAGUAAUGUCUAUUCUAUUCUUUGUUCUUUUGGUGAACAACGAGACACUAUGCUGUAUGCAUGGUACUAGGUAAAAAAUGGUUAUGUCAUCAAGGAGAAUAUUUUUGUAUGUGACAUGGUGAAACUCCUAAGCUAGUUUUGUGUUAUACAUGCACAACUUAUAGACGCUCUUUUCCCCUUCCAACUUGUUUCUGCUGACAAUUUGUUGAACGAAUAUUGAUUAGUAUCACCUUGGUCAAACUAAAAUUGCACAAGUCCAAUUUUCAAUAUUCUACUUUUUCUUUUGAAGAUCGGCAAUUUCUAUGAUUUCUAAAUUUUUUAAGUUUGUUGCUCACAGAGAAGCCAUAGAUGAUAACUUUUACAUUCACCUUUGUAAAAGCUACCUGCAUCACACACACACACACACACACACACACACACACACACACACACACAGUUUGAGUGCCUGACAUUUAGGCUAACCCCCACCCUCUUAAUAACACUUGAAAAAUACUGAUAUAUUUCCCUUGUUCUAUAAACUCCCCCACCUUAGUGGGCAUAAAAUAGAAAAUCAAUAUAAAUACGAGUUGCAUGCAUGCAGAUGGAGUUCUAUCGUUCUGGAUUGAAACAAUUUGCUUUCCGUAAUGGUGCUUUUGGAAGCUCAGCUGUGGAUUGGAUGUUAUUAUGAAGCAUUAAUAACAAUUAUGAAAUUUUAUAAUAAAACUUAGAUGACAUUCAAAUGUAAACAUGAUAAUAUAAGGAACUUCUGCAUGAAAAGUCUGAAGAUAUUUUGAUAUUAUGUUAUUAGUCUUACAUAAAAAGUAGUGUCAGGAUUGAUAAUCCACAGUAAAGAAGUUGCAGCCCAUUAAUCAGUACGUUAGUCAUGGCAGGGAAUCCACAACAGUGUCAGUGAUAUACAUGCAUAAUGCAAAUACUUAAAUUUAUUAUUGUAUAUCAAUUAUUAUUUUUAUCAUAUUGUUACUUAGCAGCCAUUGUACUCUCUAAACAUUAGGCGUAUUCUAUUAAUUAUUUAAGAUUAAAGCUAGCUAGUUUGCAUUUUCAACAACAUUAUUACUGUCAUCAAAUUACUCGACUUGGCUUGUACGAUUUUAAAUCGUUCACAUUCAUAUUCAAGUACAAUAAUAUUCAAUAAUAAACUUGCACAUCCUAAACUCUCACGCAGUAUAUGUGCGCGCAUUACGUAUUUGACGUUCUUUUUGUCAAUGUAACAUCAUUUUGGUUUUAUAAAGUUGAACAAAAAAUUUUAUUUGUUCUAAAUCUAAAUUUUCUGCUAUAUAGUACAGUAAUUCUGUUGCUUUUCCUAACAAACGUGUUAGUUACGAUAGACUAAUAGUUAUUCCGAAUGUACAUAUUCAUUUACAGCCAGGCUUGAACUCUUUUUAAUUUCUCUUACUGAUGCUUGUGAUGUUACUCUGAGUGUAUAUCCACACCGGGCAAGCUUGAAAAAUAUGCCUGGCCAUGGUGGGAAUCGAACCUACGACCUUUGGAAUACUAGCCCAAUGCUCUGCCAACUGAGCUACGCGGUCAGGUCGGUUCGAGUAUGUGAUAUUUCGGAACAGAAUCUAGUUCCUUCGAUAUCAGUGUAAUCUAGUGAUCAUGAUUUUUUCUGUGUUGGUGUAAUGUACUCAGGUGAAUAUGAUUUUUUUGUCUUUGAACUUCCGCCAGUAUGAAUAAACGUCAGCUGUUCAAAACAUGCAUGUGUCGUUGUAUGAUUGGCUGCUUACAACCCAGUAAAGGUCAUUCUAAUAAAACGUGGAUGCUUUUUGUAGGAAACAUUUUUUAUUAAGUCGCUCAAAUUUAUUACAAUUGACAGUAAAGCCCCGUUUACACGAGCAAAUUUUAUUUGACAAAUUUCAUUUGAUCAAAAGCUAGCAUGCUAGCUUUUGUUCAAAUGCAUUUGUCACAAUAAAUUUGUCACAAAUUUAUCAUCUACACGAGCAAAAUAUCUUUGACAUGUGAAAUUUGUCAAAUAAAAUUUGCUUGUGUAAACGGGGCUUAAUAGAAAAUAAGACUAUUAUAUUAGUUGUACAAGAGGAGGGCUAUGGGAGGAUACUGUAUAGAAACCACAGACCUUAUAAAGUCCCUGAGGUUAUUUAUAUUAGAAAGUUCAUAUUUGACUUGCAUUACCGCUACCAUUAACCCAUCAGAUACGUUUAAUCUACCCAAUUGACCAAUCAAAUACGUACUGAGAAAGUGAGCGGCAGCGGUUGUAUAACAUCAUUGAUUCAUGAUUAUGUACUACUAAUGUUUCCUUCUGGAUGAUCUUUCUUCCUCUAGCCAUUUUCCGCUUUUCCUUAAUUAGUUGUUCACUGUGUAGUGCGGGUUGUAUCCUGCCUUAAUGGACCUUAGUCAUGUGAUCAUAUGUUCUUCCCCUUCUCGUGUAUUGGGUUUAAUCUUAAAAUUUAACUGAGUAAAAAGUUUAACAAAAUUAGUUCUUUUUAUAUAUAACCACAUGCAUAACGAGAAGCGGGGAAAUUGCCACGGACAAUACAAUGAAGAAACUGCAAGAUGCAUUUGGAGUGAAUAUUAUUAUAUAUAUAAUGUUUAUUAUAAAUGCAAUCUGUAAGAUAUAUGCACAAUUCUAGGUUUAAUAUUCCUGAGUACGCCUCUGUAAUUUCUGUUCAAAUCGGUUCUGAAAUGUUUUCGUGCAAAAAACCAAUUUGUUCCCUCGCAAUUCAUUAGUAUAUAACUUCCUUUCAUGCGCGUGUGAACGCGCAAUUCCUCACGGAACGACAAAGGGUCUUUAAGUCUGCACUCUUAAGAUGUCAGAAAGGUUAUUUUUCUACACUUAUAUUUAUUAUAGUUAAUUAGUUAUACUGCAAGUUAAACAAGCAAGUAGCCUAACGUUGGUGAUUAUUAUAAACCCACUAUUUAUAUGAAUAUUGUCAAACAGGCAUAUUACAUAUAUAUUUUACCGCUGACUCGUCGAAGCAGUAUUAUAAUAUAGCUCUCGGUUUACACAAAGUUUCUUUGAUGAAAGUGAAUGACUGCACGAACAUUAUCAACAUGCUUCAUCUCGUCGAUAUUAAUAAAAUUUUAACAUGAAACUUUGAAGAAUGAAGUAAACAUCGUAAUUUUCAAGUUUUAAUGUUAAAUUCCAAGUUAAUCGUGCUAUCAUGCAUGGCUGCAUGCAGUGGCAUGUGCAUAGCAUGUGUCGUCGUGUGAUUGGCUAUAAAUGCGAACCAUGAAAUGCGUUUAUAUUUCGUUUUCCUAUGAUGUUGCUACCAAACUCAAAGUAUCGCUUUUGUUUCCAAAAUUAUAGAGUUUGAAAAGAAUGCAUGUGUUUAUCGAAUAUCGUAAUCAAACAAUCACUUUGAAUCGGCAUUAUGCAUGAGUUGCUAAUAUAUAAAGGGUGUGAAAUCUAUAAGUCCAUUCCAAAGCCCAAAGGCAAAGAUAAAAUGAACGUCGAAAUUAUCAUUGACCUACUAAAUUGGUAAAAAAAGUGUUACAAUUAAAGUUCUUAUAGUUAUAGUUCUUUCAAAGCUUUAAAAUGACGUUAGAAAAUAAAUAACAGUCAUAAUAUCGUUGCACAGUACCCAUAUAUAGAUAUAUAAGAUAUCUAUGACAGUACCUGUUCUGGUUUCUUAUUUAAUAUGUACGACCAUGAAAGUAUUUUGUUUGAUUUAUUAUAAUGAGCAAUAUGAGCAGGAUCACAAACAUUUCUUUUAGUGCAUGUAAUAUAUGCAUGUAGUCUAUAAGUUAACAGAGAAUCAAAGAAGUCUUUGAUGUAAUUAUAUAUUAGUAUUGCAUGUCAUGCAAUGUCAAGAUUAGUGGUAGCGUGUAGGUUGUACAUUCAUGCAGACUGUUGUACACAUGCAGGCAUAUAGAUUAGUCUAGAUAAUUAUAAUGUCGGAAGAUUAAGAAUUGGAGAUGCUUACUGUAUAUAAAUAUAUAACGUGACUAUUAUAUAUGACAUAUAUGUUGUAUGUGGUCGACCACCUGACUCACUCAGCAUAUGCGGACAUCCAGGUUUUAAUUACAUUCUUUCAAUUGCUAUAAUUAUUUGGGCCUAUCCUAUUGCAUUCAUCGAGACCUCGUGGUAAUAUGAAACAUGGUGGUUAUAGGACAACAUCUUAUCUACUUUUAGUCUUUAGUCUUCAUGGGCUGGUUGUACAAAGCCGGGUAAACUAUGGACGCAAAAGACAUGCAUAUACCUCAUUAGUAAAAAUAAACAAUUUAUAAAUCAGUACUAAAGUUUCAUCCUGGUUAUGCCAAUCAACGCGGAACAAUUUUAGAAAGGUUGAAAAUCACUAUCCAGGUGGAUAGCGCGUAUGUCCGGCUUUUGUACAACUAUAGUCCCAGGUAUAUGCUCCAAAAUGUUCAUAAAUAUUUAAAUUCUUUUUAUCAAGAUUUUUUUGUAUUUCAAUUGAAAAGUUCUCACAAUCGAGUAUUGUCUGAUUGAGUGCCACAUUGAGUUUCAUCACCUUUGGCUUUCGAGUUUUUUUUUUUUUUAAAUACGCCUUAAUGCAUUAUAUUAGUACAGCAUCGAGUAUUCAUAUACAGUAGUUGCGAAGUGUAUCGAUGUUCUGUCGGUUUUCUGUUUUAAGAAAUCCUAAAUAAGACUUUCAUAGCACUUCGUGAUGUUUUUUUACAGCUUCUUUGCAUGUGCUUAGAAAAAUAAUGAAAGUUUCGUAACUGAUUUUGAAAGCCAGUCCUUAAGACUCCUUAACGAAAUCAAAUUUUCAUGAGAGCAUACUUUAAAAAAAUGUUAAACGGAACAAUUAUUUUCUAAUAAAGAGUUUUUAUUAUAGAAUUACCCUGAUCUGUAUUUAUUCAAUUGAACGCAUGCAUAAAUAUGCAACACACGCUCGCCUUGCUUAUGGAGCCCACUGAUUAGAUCAGUGAUGGAGCCUCGUUUUCGUGAGUGAGACGCUGCAUGGGCUUUAACUAAUGUCACAUCGCGUAAACGAGGCUCUAUUGCCAAAAUGACGUUCUUUCCGGAAGGGUGUACCCACUUGUUUUUAUUAACAUAAUUGCUCACUCUGUUAUCUGUUAUAAUUGCUCCUGAUACAAACUGACCCAACUUGUAACUAUGAAAUUACAUGCUCGAGGCAUGCCCCCCAGAUUAUUGUAAUGUGCUGUUCAUGCAGUUGUAUAAACGACGAUUAGCCUCGAAUUCAAUACAGCUAAUAUAUGCAUCAAUCAUAUUUGCUUUUGUGAAUAAAUUUCCCCCAGCAAAGCACAAAGAUCUUGUCAGACACGUACAAAGGAGGCUAAUAUAUACUAUAAAAAUAUUCAUGAGGCACCUCAACCUAGACCCAACUCUUUUCCCGUUUUUGCCAUCCCAGGUUUAACAACCUACAGUAAUAUACCUAAUAUCCAGUUGCCGUGAUUAUGUUUACUUAGUGCGUAUGCCAGAAUGUGUAAUUCUUAAAAUUAAAGAGAUAUAUUUGCAAAGAAUCAUGCAUGGUACUCGUAUUCAAUGGAAAUAGAACAACUGACAAUUCGCAAUCUUUGACAAAAAUAAACACCAUACACUAUUAUAAUAACAAACGUGUAUAACAUAAUGAACAUUAUGACAUACCAAAUAAGGACUUCUUGACGUUCAACUCUAUUCGCAUGUUCUUGGUCCCCAUAUACCGCUUCUUUCACGAGUAACAUUCGCCUAUAAGGGAAAAGUAUUUUAUUGUGCAUUUCUAUCCUUGGGUCUUUACACAAUGCGUUGCUUUGUACUGCAUUUCUAUAGAGGACAGAAAGUCCAUUAAUCUCUUUCACCGUAAGCGAGAAUGGUGAUCCACAACGGUUAAUAGCGCUCGCGCGAUGUAAUACCAACGUAUGCAGGGCAACAUUUUGGGCUGAUUGUGAUAAUAGUGAGCUGAAGCAAGCGACAACAACACGGACGUCACGCGAAAAUUGGUAUAACUAAUGGACAACUUGCAUGUUAGACUAAAUUUUAAUCUAAGUAAAGAUAAGGGAAUCAAAACACAACAGUUAAAAAGAACAUAAUGAAAUUAGUAAAAUUGCAAAAUUUGGUUGCGAAAUGUUGUAAAAUACAGAAAAUAUAGCCUUGCGAAGUUUGCAUAUUUUCAGUAUAUUUGUAUUACGUGCGGAAACCGUUACCAUUUUUGAGCCGAAAAUGCAUGGUAACAAUUUCCGCACGUAAUACAAAUAUACUGAAAAUAUGCAAACUUCGCAAGGCUAUAUUUUCUGUAUUUUACAACAUUUCGCAACCAAAUUUUGCAAUUUUACUUAUUUUAAUAAGUUCUUUACGGGAAUUUACUUUUCUUUGCCUAAAUCAAAAAUUAGUCUAACAUACAAGUUGUCUAUUCAUAGCGCUCGUGUAAGGAAGCAAAAAACUUUAAAAAUCUUAUGUUUUGUGAGAUGUGUUGAAGAUUACCACAAACUGACUUUAAUUCAGUCGCCUCUUGGCAGUCUGACGUCCGUGUUGACAAAACGUCCCUAUUAACGAGUCGUAACGCCGUACACACUAGACUGCACAUUUGUUCAACAGAGUUUGGGGCUAUCUAUCUGAACAAUAUAGAAACAACUUCGACGUUUUGAGCGAAGACUUUUCAUCUGCGGCAAGGCCGGAAAUAGUGGUGGAGGUAGCUAACGGCCCCCGGAAUGUUAGGGCUUAUAUUACAAGUACCGUAUUUACUCGUUUGAGCGCCGCCCCCGAUUGAGCGCCGCCCCCGAAUGAGUGCCGCCCCCGAAUGAGCGCCGCCCCCGAAUGAGCGCCGCAUCUGAAGCUCUGAAAAUUUAAAGAGCGUUGCGGCGCGCAAACGAGUAAAUACGGUAAGCCCUGAAGUCAAACUACGUGACAUAUGCGUGUACUGUACAUAUGUAUCGGUGUUUUAUGAAUUAUGACUAAACGACUCAUCCAAUUUUGCAGAAAACUUCGUCACAAAGUGUAAACCCCAAGCAACACAUAUAAUUUUGCGGAUUUUUGCCCAAUUUUUACUUUCAUCUAUAAUUUAACCUUUCCCAAGGGGAGGUGCAUGACUUCAUGGGAGGUGCAAAAAAUCUCAGGGGAGGUAAACGAUCUCAGGGGAGGUGUGCACUUCCCCUCAAAAUCCAGCAAUGAUCUGUGGGUCUGGGCCCUGCAUCUGUGGGGCUAGACCGUUCAUCUGUGGCUGGGCCCUUCAUCUGUGGCUCUGUGCGCUUCAUCUGUGGUUCUGUACUCUUUUCUUGAUGUGACAUAGUCUCAUUAAUCAACGGUCUUAGGUCUUUGUUAAUCCAUUCAGGUCUAUGAUUCUGAUAUUUCUUGAUUCUGAUACAUGUUGUCACAUGUUUAUUCCACCCAGACUCGCGUAGCUGGCAUCAUGAGUCUGAGGAAUUCUGAGCAGCUUCUACAAUAUCCGUAGUAUACUGAGAUAAUACCAGUAGUUGUAUACUAAUGUUUCUACUGAUUUCUUGAUUCAAGGCCAGUUGGCAUGCCGUAUGUUCAUGAUGUUGUGGUGGUUAAUCCAAGCAGUGAGAAAAAUCUUCAGCUACAAGCUUUCUCUGGAGAUAACACACACUUUCAUGUCUCAUUUUCAAAGUCACAGGUAAAUUAUUUCUUUGAAUAGAUUCUCUUGAAGAAAGAAAUUCUCAAAAACCUGUAUAACGAAAGGAAUCAAACGAGACUACUGUAACUGGGACAACCUGGGUUUUCUUUUAUAAUAACUGAAACGUAAUCAACACUGAAAAAUUGAUUUAUUUUCAAAGAACUCAUUAAAUUGUGUAUAAUUCAAAUUUAGAAUUUGUGGCUUUCAUCCUUGACUUUAAAAUUAUUUCGACCAUCUUAAUGUAUAGUAGUAACAAUACUUAUCUUCCACCACAACGAUAUGAUGGAAAGAUUUUAUCUUGCAAAUAAUCCCUGAUCUUUGAUUCUCAAAUGACCAACAGCAGCAAUUAAUACAUUUUAUUAUAUGGCAAGCAUCACUUCCGGUUAAAUGGCGGAUUGUGAUUGGCUGAAAAGCACUUUCAAAGCACUUUUUCUUUCUGAAAAGCACCGAUAUUUCUCUGUACAGACCUCGCGUUCGGUUAAUAAGAAGUUAUUAAAACCGGUUGCUCAUGGUGCAAAUUUAAAGGAUUCUCCAAAAAUCAAUGUUAGCUGAUUAUGCUAAUUUUAAAUGGUGAACGCCAUGCAGUUUUAAGUCAGAAUGUUUGAAAACCUAAACAGCUGUGGAAAAUAGUAAUUGUAAGCGGAUACUUGACACAUUUCUAGCAGACAUGAAUAAAAUGAUGGCAUAUAUAGAACACAGAAUUAUCAAGUAAGUACAACAGGAUGAAGUAGUUUUGUUUAUGAAAAAAAUAUAAGCAGAAGUUGACGUUUCGAGCUAAGACCUUCUCUGGAAACGUCGAAGUUCUAGGUACUCUCUAUCCGCAGCUGUCAUGUCAUCGUCGCUGCCUAUACACUGGCACCGACCAUAAUAUCACUGAAGUAGUUUGUGUUUGAAAACGUACUACAGUACGUGCACCUGAUCACAAUUAAACGUCAUAAUUCAUUAAUGGUAACGUGGUUCUCUUCAUAUAGGCCUUGUCACCUUUGUCUAACACAACAUUCGAAGUUAUAUUUCUCGCAAGAACUUUUGGAAAUGUUGAAAAUACUUUAUUUAUUCAUACAUCAAGUGGAGCCUAUCCUUACCAAGUAUGGAAAUAUAUUGUUGUGACUAAACCAAUUUACACAAUGGCACAGACUAAUUUCAAAUAUUUUGUUAUAAGGUUCGUGGAUAUGGUGUGGCUAAUCCUUACAGAUUGCGUCCUUACUUGGGAGCAAGGGUGGCACUCGAUCAUAUAUUUACAUCCGUAUUACAUAUGUAUAAUCCACAUGAAUCACCACUGCAGGUACUGUAUAUACGGUUGUUUCUAUGGUAUAAUCCAUUGAUUCCCCAAACACUUGUUAUCUUUUUCCUUCAAGUAAUAGAAUUAUUAAAAUAUGUAUAUGACUGUAUAAAUGGUAUAAUUUUUUGGUUGAUUUCGUGCCUUUUUCCAUUUCCUUAAGAAAUUCCGUCCCUGUACAUGCAUGAUUUCAGUUAAAUGCUACCAACAUUGUCCUCCACUUAUUUGUAGGGAAUGACUGAAAUUUGAAGGGCAAAUUUUCCUGUGUUUUCCUAAAUAAAUUAAGGCUACGUAAAUUUCGCUUUCAAGUACCGCUUUUGAGGGGUUUCAGAAUGAUUUGAAGUAUAGGCGGCUGUACCAAAAAAGUAGCCGGUUGUGACUGAUAUAGUUCCCCGCGAGGAGGGGAAAAUGGAAAUUUAAAAAACUUUCGCCGCAAAUUAACAAUCAAAUAAUAUAGAAUAAGUAAAAAGACAAAGUACAACUGUUAACAUGUUAGAUUUAGAUGUCAUUUGCAUUUAUACUUGUAAGUGACAAUAAGGCCAUUUAUAUGAGCAAAAAUAAGCCGCGGCCUAAAUAAGCCGCGGCUUAAAUAAGUCACGAACGACUCGUAUAAACAGUCAAUUUGCAAUAAGCUGCGGCUAAUUUAGGCCUAGCUUUCAAGCCUGGACUUAUUUUAGCCGCGGCUUGCGAACAAAUUGACUGUUUAUACGAGUCGUUCGCGACUUAUUUAAGCCGCGGCUUAUUUAGGCCGCGACUUAUUUUCGUUCGUAUAGAUGGCCCUAAUGUACUUUAAUGUGCUACUAUGAUAGUUUAAUUUUUACAGCUGCAUGAACAGAAUGACAAUGUACACUAUUAGUACUAAUUCAGUUAUGAGUCCGAAAUCAUUAAUCAAAUGAUGUUGUACACUUAUGUACGUAAUGAACUUUACUUCAUCACUUUAUCAUAAUUAAUUCACUGUCAAAGAUAAUUCUUAAUUGAAAAACAUUUACCAAAGUAGCUCUGAAUCUGACUCGUUCUCGGGCUCACUGUCAAAUUCAGAUUCCCCAAUGCUUAAGUCACUGUCAAAGUCAAUUAGAGUCAUCUUCCUGUUCAGGAAGAUCCAGAGCCGCUGACCAUUUGCUACGAAAUUCAAGAUAGCGACGAGAAAACAAAGAAUGUUUAUAUUAUCGCUUUUUCGACAGCAACUUAAGAAAGCAAGCUAUUUUUGGUACUAUGUAUUAUAAAAUAACAUGUAUAUAACGCGUGCUCUGAUUGGUCGAAACCCGUGUUUGGAUCAGGCCAUUCAAACACGGAAACCAUAAAGUAAUUGUAUAUUAUUGAUCUUAUUGAUCUUCCAAAAUAAGUGAUGUUUUGCUUGAAUUCCAAUUAGAACAUAACACACGUCGUGGUGGUUCGCUUGUACCUUUGUAUAUAAAUUGUUCCUGUGGCUGUGACCAGACGAAAAGUAGCCGGCGGUAGAAGUUCAAGUAGUUGGCGGAACUCCGGCGGCCGCCGGCUUAUUCUGAAACCCCUGCCGGGCCUGGCUUUUAUUGCAUGGGCUUCGUCCCUGUUGUAGGUUCCUGGUAUUUUUGUUUUCUCUGUAAUGUUGCCAAAUUUAAAUAAAUAAAAAAUUAUAUUUCAAGAGCACAUCCUGCAUGUUCUCUAUAACCUCUCUAUAACAGUGGUUUCCCAUAACGUGCAAUGUUUUCCUUUAAAGGUUACUGAAAUCUAUUCCAGUGGUGGAGAUUUACAUUUAGAACUUCCAUCUAGUCAGGAUGAUGCUUCUCCUGAACAUUGGGUAUGUGCAUCUGGAAAAAAUGUUGUUGCGAAAUUGUAAAAUAGACGCUUGACUCAAAUCUGUGAAAUGUCGUUUUUCCUCUUCUCCUCAGAAACAAAUACACGAAACCUUUGCAGAAUACUUAGUCCGACACCAAGUGUAGGAAAUCCCUUUGUUCUCCAAGCCAUACAGUCAAUCAUUGUUGACUUUGUCAACGGCCUUUAUUGUUAUCUUCUUUGUUCCCAGUUUUUACUUCCAUCAAACAAGUUUGUUUAAAAUGCGCUCCCUUAGGCCAAAAAAAAAAUAUGUGGGUUUCCUAUUUCUUCUUGUAAAAACUUAGGUAGGGUAGGUCGGUUUUAACUUUUUUUUUAAACUUUUUUUUUAUUUUCCUUACAACCGGACGCCAUUUUGUUUAGUCAGUGCUUCCACGUUCAAAGAUAAAUUUCCCUAAUAUUGCCUCAAAUUUCCAUUUUUCGCAAACGUUUCCCUCUAAGUGGAAACACGUACAAGCAUGAUCCAAUAAAAAAGUUUAGGGUCGGGAUUUCGGCAUCCAAAAGCUAGGUAGGGUCGGGAAACCGGAAACCCACAUUUUUUUUUUUUGCCUUAUUCAUCUCUGUUUAUGGUUUUGUAGCAAAUUUCUCCAUAUGAAACAAAGGCAAUCAUUCGAAUGAAUUUCCUUGGAAAAGUUGUCAGUAAUCACACAGCAUUCAUACGAAUUCGUACUAACCAAUUCAUUUCUCCAAAUCAGUUUCUAAUUUUACCUGUCGAAAUUGAGGUCACAACAGGUAUGGCAUAUAUAGUAGUUUAGAACACCAAUUAAGUGGGCUAAAAUUUCAGCAUAUAUAUCCGAUACAUGGACAAUUGACGAGUGCGAUGAAAUAAUGAACAAACCUUGUGGAGCAAAGUGGACAAACUGGAGCAAGCUUGUGAAGAUUAUCUUGUGGAGCAUGCGCGAAUAACUCUUUUUACACUGAAUUUGAUUGUUGAUAAAUCGUACACCAGCAUAAUUUAUGGUAGAGGCCUAACCUCGCACACUACAACAUGUCAAAACAUCCAUUUCCUCAGUCCUGGAUAUUUGGAGUUGGUGAUACACUUACACUUAGAACCAGUUUAUGGUAUUUUGGAAUUUACUUUAAUGUGAAUUAUCUAGACAUUUUACACCAUUUAAUUUUGAAGAUAUAUGGUGCAUGCAAAUAAUAAUGAAAGAAUCCUAUCAGAAAUUACACCAAACUACAAUUUUAAUUUUUCAUAAAUUCGAAAUUACGCAAUGCCAAAAUUCCAAAAUUGGAAAUCUGCUAAUCAUGUAUAAAAUGUUUAUUGUUUUGUUUUUACCUGAAAUUCAAUUUUAAAGUUCCAUUCUUCAAAGUGUUUCCCAAACGUCCCGAGUUUCCACCGGUGCUCCGCGGGUGCACACCUUUUGCAGUCUCCAGCACCUCAACCCAAACGUUUAUGGAAAUUUUGAAGGUGUCGCAGUAUAUUGAUUGUAGUGUUGUACUAAGCACUUAUGAACAGUAUCAAGUUUCAAUCCAUUUUUUCAUUUCAUGUAGCUCCUGGACUGUUUCCUUCCGUUGAUAUGCUAGAUUUUGGAACACUAAGGAAAAUGGGUGAGUUAGCUGGUUGCUGUUCUUUUAAAAUUUGUUUAAUUUUACAUUGCGUGAAAGCGUGUUUCCUCUUUCCACUGAGUUAAUGACAAACAUAAGGCCCUGAUUACUAGGUUUGGGUAACGAUUAAAUAUGAGAAAAAGAAAUUCCAGGCUUCGAGAAUGGACCUAUUCCCUAAGGAACAAAAUUUUGAUCUAGACAAGUCUAGACAAACCACAGCUUGACAGAGCAUCACAUGCAAAAUUAGUAAUAUUCCGAAGUUUCGUUGCGAAAUGUUGUAAAAUGCGGAUAAUAUAGCCCUGCGAAGUUUGCCGUUUUUCAGUCAUUUUGUAUUACGCGCGGGAAAUUGAUACCGCUUUCUGAAAAAAGGUAUCAAUUUCCCGCGCGUAAUACAAAAUGACUGAAAAACGGCAAACUUCGCAGGGCUAUAUUAUCCGCAUUUUACAACAUUUCCCAACGAAAUUGCGGAAUAUUACUAAUUUUGUGAUGCUCUUUCAAGCUGUGGUGAAAUGUUUGUCUAGACUUGUCUAGAUCAAAAUUUUGUUCAUUAGGGAAUAGGUCCAUUCCUUGAAAAUUAGUAAUCAUUGAAAGAUCCUUACCCAUUCAUGCAUGAUAAAACAUAUAAGCCAGGAAUAUCGUUGUUUCACCUGGUUAGUGAAGGGUUGGCAUUUCACUUAUUUUCAAGAAUCUCUGCUUUUUUUAGACGAACCAAAAUCAAUCGUGGUGUCGUUAUUGAACACACACAACAAACCAGUUUCUCUAACGGUAAGAGAUGUUUUUCAAUCUGGCUUUAUGUCAAAACAUACGGUUGAAGUAGAGGAUUCUGACGUAGUCCGUUAAGGCACUUUUUCAGGAGAGUUGCAUCAAAACUACUGUGUAUUGCGUUCUGUAGUUUCAAGAGCACUUCACUUCUGGGAAGCAAAAUCCUCUGGUUAGAAAACAAAGCAAAACAUGCGCUACGCGUAUAUGCUAUAAAUAGUGAGAAAAUGCAGUUGACAGGCCCAUAGGAAAUAUAUUUCUCUUCUUGCCAAAAAUAAACAUUUCUAAUUGUGUAAGUAUCAUAUCACAGUGUGAUAAACUUCAAUCUCCGCACAAGGCAAUCUUGAUUUGCAAAACGAUCUGCAGGACGUAACAAUAUUGCAAAGACAUUUUGAUAAAUAUGUCCUGACAGUCGUGCUGAUGGCGCUGUCAUACAUUUUCCAACACUGGCAAUUGAUAUAAACUGUUAUCAAUAUGCAAUGCUUAUCUCUUUAGGAAGUCAUUGUUGAGCCACCAAACAGAGCCAUACAAGUGCAUAUAAGGGUAAGUUGCUGAUUUUGAGCAAAAUAUAUUUAGUAGAAUUUCGUAUAUCAUUAUCGCGUAAUAAUUGUGUUGUUGUUGUUUUUUCUUAGAAUACACUCAUCAAACCCGCUCAGAAAUACAUAUCCUCGUUCAGUGUAACUUUUACAGGUAUAUGUCACAAAAUUUCUCAAUGUUACACAAAGAAAUUUUUGCUGUAAUUUGUAACUUGCCACACAGUUUCUGGCAUAAAGCCAUGUUACGUAGAAAAGUAUACUUACAGAAAAACAGCGAGAAUGCGCUUCACUCCGCUGAUAUUUUUUAUUCUCGUUCUUCAUGCCUGAUGCUCAUGCAUGCCGGCUAUUUCUUUCAAUUCAUGCCUCGUCAGUAAGUUAGUAAGAGAAAUGUCGGUGGAGUAAAAUUUCUCUACAAAUACUAACUCUGAAAUAACCGUCGCUCUAUGUCAGAAAUUCGUUGCGAGUUGCAGCAAACAUUGCCUCGUGUGACGUGGUCUUAAACCUGCACCAGAACAACAUACAUCCCACUUUAGUUUUACACACUUUCAAUCUUCAAAACAAUGUGGUACAGUAGGAUAGAAAAUUUCAUGAUUAUGUACAUGCAUACAUGGCCGGUCAUAUUUAUUACAAGAUUUUGCCUCGCGCAGUUCAAACAGUCUUCUUCUAUGUACUUUGCAGCGGGUCACUUGAAAAAUUUAAAGCAAAACCAUGGGAAAAUUAUUGUGUUGUCAACGAGUAAAGGCAAUCCAAGAAUGGAGCUUAACUUUCAAGCGAACGUCUUACAAGGGUAAUGCAUUAUUGUGUGCAUGCAAGGCUGAUUGUUAUUGUUAUAAUUCAAAAUGUUAUAAUCUUGAUUUUUUGCUUGCUAAACUGACUGAACAUAAAUGGUAUAGCUGGAGUUGUUCACAGUUUCUAUUGUAUAUCAGUUAUAAUACAUAUACAUACAAAUACUUACGAUUACUUUUGAUUUGUUCCAUUUAAAAAUUCCUUCAACCUUUACCUCUAAUGUUUUUUUGUCUCAAACAGCAAGGAAAUUUGCGAAACGGCCUGUGUAAACAACUGAAUUUUUAUAGCACCUGGCGGUUGCUAUUGUCGAAAUCCCUAGAUACAAUAUAAACGCUAUAUAAUGUAUAUAUGUAUAAAGCGUUGUCUUUUAUCAUCCAUUUCGUUUCAUGUAAUAGCUAAAUAUACUUUAAUACAAAUCUUUUGACAUUUACUCUAGAAUUAUAAGAAAACGCAGCCUCAAGUUCAUGAUUUUCGUGCAGUACAAAACAAUGAUUAGAAUAUUUAUUGAUUGGUGUGUUUUUUCUUCACUGAUCUGAAAAUAUGAAAUGGAUAGUCCGCAAUAUACUAUGCAUGAUUAAUUGAAGCAAGUGGUGGCCAAUAUGAUGUGACCACCGCAAAUCUAUUGUGCUGCUGCUGUCAUGAUAGAAGUGUUAUUUCAGUUUCUUGUUAUUGGUGGGAAAGGAUACGUAUUUUCUGAAUAGAAACUGGUCAUAAAUAUCUCAUUAUGUACUGUUCAAAACCUUCAUAUAAACUCGUCAGAAGAGUUCUGGGAACUAUGUCUUUCAAGUUACAUGGGAAAAGGCAUUUCCUUCAUAUAGUGUUUUAACCACUACCAUGCAAUUCGGUAUGUAAAGAAAAUGGACAUAUUUUAAAAGUCUCCUCUCGUUAUAAAUAUUCUGGGUUCAAAUGCCCCGUCCAAUGCAAGUGUACAGUAUUUUGUGUAGGCGUGCUCUUCCCCUCAUGGAAUUAUUCGAGCGGCGCUCAAAGAAUGAUUUUCACGCGUUGUGCUAGUUGUAUUAAAGGAAUACCGAAUGGUUUUCCGUGCAGGAUUGCGUGAUCCAUGCACGAGGAAUGUCGCGAGACUUUCGGAAAGCGUAAAAGUACUCGAGCCGCAGGCGAGUGUAUUUUUACGCUUUUCGAAAGUCGAGCAACAUCCCAAGUGCAUGGAUCACGCUAUCCUGCUUGGAAAACCAUUUGGUAAUUGUUUUAUAAAAUAACUACAGUGAAACAAUGUCAUUUUGAGAAUCCCGCGAAAAUUCCGCGAAGGAAGGCAUUUUAAUUCCUCGUGCAGGAUAGCCUGAUCCUGCACGGCUAUUGACCAAUCAAAUUGCGUGUUUCACUGAGUUAUUAUAUAAUAUAUAUUCCGCUAGUAAAAGUUUAAAAUUGCCUCAACGCGAAUUGACCAAAGUGUCAAACAAAGAUAAUCAAGUGUUUUCCUCUAUUUUCUAAUGUUUAUUGGAACACGUGAUGUCUUCCGAAACUAGCGGGGCUCAUGCAGAGUUGCAGACAUAUUGUUAAACUUCAGGGCCCGUUGUCCGAAAGCCCGCCAGGUUAAUCCUGGGUUAUAACGGAAAACGUUAACCAAACUUCCCAACAGAUUGUUUAUUAAUAUUUCUCCAGAAACCUUGUUUGGACUUUGGACAAAGUUUUAUAAGUUUUUUUCUAAUUUUGUAAAUGAAAAUGCAGAAUUAGACAAAUCAAAGCAAAGAGUAAAGUUUUGACCCAAGGCCCGUUUACACUACGCUCAAUUUUUGUACCCGUACCAAUUUUAUCCAUGCUCGGACUACCUAUGUGUUUGCAAAGGCCGAGCACAGACCAAUUUUAUCCGUGCCGUACCAAAAUUGAGUGUAGUGUAAACGAGGCUUGAUCACCGUUUAAACAUUACUUAUAUUUCACACUGCAAAAAUAUCCCGCCUUCCAACCCGUCCUGGCAAAGUAUCUUAUAUAAACAGUCCUUUGUGAUAAAACUCGUACAUUCUUUUGUUUCUAGAACAUUGGCAUAUUCUGUGAGCAAAACCAGGUUUUUUAUUGGUCCACCACCAUAUGAAUCUGUUGCGCGUAGAAUGGUUAUAACUAACACGUUUAAUUUUCCUCUGGUUAUAUAUCGCGUUGUCGUUUCUCCUGACGUUCAAGAUUUUGUGUCUGUAAGUAUGUCGUCUUGUUGCGCAUGCACUAUAUAUGCAGUGUGAAGUUUCAGUUUAUUUUUUUUAUCAGAUUUUUAUAAUGGUUGUCCUGAACAUGAAUUGAUCAAACAUAUAAUGUGGCUAAAUAUGCUUGUGAUGUUACUCUGAGUGUAUAUCCACACCGGGCAAGCUUGAAAAAUAUGCCUGACCACGGUGGGAAUCGAACCUACGACCUUUGGAAUGCUAGCCCAAUGCUCUGCCAACUGAGCUACGUGGUCUGGUCGGUUCGAGUAUGUGAUAUUUCUGUUCCGAAAUAUCACAUACUCGAACCGACCAGACCACGUAGCUCAGUUGGCAGAGCAUUGGGCUAGCAUUCCAAAGGUCGUAGGUUCGAUUCCCACCGUGGUCAGGCAUAUUUUUCAAGCUUGCCCGGUGUGGAUAUACACUCAGAGUAACAUCACAAGCAUCUUAUUCACCUGAGUACAUUGCACCAACACAGAAAAUAUCAUGGCUAAAUAUAUUUUCAAACUAUUGAAUUACAACUUCAACUGACUGCAUUUACGGCAGGCUCAGCACACUUGUAAUUCACCUUGUGAUCCUUCUGCGAAAAUUGCUCUUAAAAAUAGACUCGACAUACUGUACGCAUGCAAUGCACGGUAAUGGGAAUUCUGUGGCUAAUAGAUUAGGACACGAACGUUGUAGAUUAUCAUAUCUGAUGACACAAACAACUUGAACGUUCAGUAGUGCAGUAAGUAAAACUUUACAUUUUGCAUUUUUAGAUCGUGAAUUUUUCUUCACCAACUAUUGCGAGAGAACAAAAAACUAUAACGCCGUUCUCUAUUCGUUUUCUCGCCAAUAAUUCCACAUCAACACUCACUUCGAGUAUUCGGGUUUAUACCAAUGCUUCGAUUUUCACUAUUCCUGUCCAAUGUUUUGAUGGGAAAUUACAGGUUAGUUCAUCUUACACAAUACUUCUAAAUCGUUCAUUAUAGUGUAAAAUAUAUUAAGUGACCUCUUGGAACAUGCGUGUUAGUCCAACUUGAGGUUGAAGUUGGUGAUAGUAUUCAUUUGGUAACUGCACAUGUGCGAUUGAUUAAUACCUAGAUUUUAAGAUCCGCUAUAUUUAUGUACAUAAGAGAUAUAGGCUGUUUUGGAAAACAUAUUGCAUCGUUAAUCCAUAGUAUAUGCAACUAUUUCCAUGAAAUAUACUCGAACGGUCUGUGCCCUCGCUCGAAACGUCGAAGUUUUACUUGUAUUUUUCAGGUUGUUGAAUCCCUAUCUCCAUUUGCAGUUUUCUGAUACUAUUUCCAUGAAAUGCAAAUGGCCAUUAUAUAGAAAUAGUGUUUCCACCCCAGACCCGUACUAUUUCCAAAUAAGGAUUUUGAAAGCUAUUUUUAAAAAGGAGGGUUGGAGAGAGGUCUGACUGGGUCAUAUAUUUUUUCGUUUCAUUCAGUGAUUUAUAUAAUUUAUAUUUGCUAUAAACUUUCUAAUUUUUUUCUUUAUUUUCUAGUACCGUUUUUCUGAAUCCAUGUUGAACUUGGGCACGCUAGCUGUUAAGCAAAAGAGUCGAAAAAUGUUUCGCAUUGCGAAUAGAAACCCAAUUGCGGUAUGUAUAAACAUAUAAGUAAAUUUUUGUUUGGGUUUGUAUGCAGAUUUUUCACUGUCGUUGCAUACGCUAAUGUAAUGCAUUUCUUCAUUCAUGUAAAGUGAGUUCAGCAAGUUGGUUAAAAAAUUUAUCAACAUCAAUCUGUCUUCUCUUUACUUUCUUUUAAUUUUUUCCCAAAAUGAAGUAUCAUGCAGUUGUUCACUGAAACCAAUUAAAUUAUUGUUUCAAUGGUAUAGCCUUCCUAAGGACGAUGAAUCAUCUUUUGACAAAUUUGUUCUAAUCAAUAGCUGUAAAUCAGAAAAUAAGUUGUGACAUACGGUAUAAUAAUACUUUCAUUACUAUUCCUAGAUUAAGGUAAAAUUUCGUACAUCCAAUAGUACUUUGGCAAAACUUGAUUAUAUGGAGAUAGGACAUGAUGAUCUAGAUCACUACGUGGAUAUUCCUGCCGAAGGGGUAAGAGAUAAGGAUUUAUUAUUUCCAAAUAAUUUCAGGGCGUUGGUUAAUUCAUUUUAUGUUUUACGCAAUGUAAUACUGUAGUUGUAGUAGGGUUGGGCGAUAUUUCGAUAUUUUGAUUUAUCGCGAUAUUUUCAAACGCGAUUAUCGUAUCGAAGGUAGAAACUUGAGCGAUGAUAUAUCGAAAUUAUCGUCAUGUUCGUUGACUAUCAUGAUAUUGCUUUGCAUGUGUAUAUAGCUUUUAUAAAAUCCUUAAAAAUUCCUUCAAUUCCUAGAAAAUAUAGUUUUUAAAAGAAUUUCCUGAAUUAAAUACGAAUUUAAUACGAUACAAAAGCGAAUAUUUAUGUAGUCCGCUGAACAAUGAAAUUGAAUGCUAUACUUGCGCUGUGUGCCCACCGCAUUUGUACCUGCGGAGCCGACAGUAGACACUGCAUAGACAGUUCAAGUUUAUGAACAGUAAAUAUUGGACUAGAAAAAGCCUUCUUAUUACUUUAAUUUGCUGUUUUACUUGUCAAUGUUUUUAUUGCAUUUAUCGCGAUAUUAUCAAAUAUCGUGAUAAUUUCCUCAACAAUAAUCGUGAGAUGAUUUUUUUAAUAUCGCCCAACCCUAAGUUGUAGUUAAUCAGAUGAUCGCCCCUCCAUUAUCAGUCGGUCUGUCUGUGUGUCUCUUGGUGCCUAUUUGCAUGCAGCCUCAUUCUGUUCUCCUUAUCAUGAUCAAUUAUUUUGCUUAUUUUCCAACUUUAAAAAGCCUUGUUGGAGGAAUUGAUUUUUAUUAGCUUACUGCAUGUAAAUGCAAAAAAGAACUCAUCAGUGUUUGUUUGUUUGUAUCCGCCAAUUUGUAAUUUGUCAUUCUUUUCCAUUAUUUAAAGUCAAUCACGCGUUAUCAGUGAAACUAUCCUUGAAAGUAUAUAUCAAAUUGGCGUAAAUUAUUGUUCUAGAUCACAAUAAAGCCCAGUCAUGUUUUGCAAUUUUGUCUGGAUGUUAAAGUACCGAACAUAGAUGGUGAUUACUCUGGGAAUCUUACUUUCAACACAUCGUACGAGGUAAUAUAUGACUUCACGGAUUUUGUACAUUAUCGUCUGUACCUUUUUGGUAGAGAGUCGUUGGGAAAAUUAGUUCAGUUUAUUAUUAGAGUGUCGUGUGUUACAACCGAUACAUAAUAGUGGACAAGUCUUUCUUAAAGCUUUUCAUGGUAAUAGCCUUAGAGUAAAUAGAUGAAAAGGACAAGGCACUUACCAGGAGGCUAAUCCAGGGGUGUAUAUUCUUCUAUAAUCCCCCUUCCCUGGGGGGGGGGGGGUGAGGAAUCAAAGGGUCUUAGGGCCAGGGAAGAAAUUCAAAGAAGAGUGAAAAAGAAAGGAAGGGAAGAUAAAGGAAAAAAAAGAAAGAGGGAAAAGAAGAGAACAAAGGGAAAAGAAAGGAAAGGGCAAAAGGAAAAUGAGGGGGGAAAAGGAAAAGAAGAGAAAGGACAAGGGAUGAGGUUGAGAAUGAUAAAGAACUAAGAAAUAUUAUGUCAGCAAGGAGGGGGAGGGGAAUACAUGAAGUAUGACUUUUUAUGGCAAGAGGAAGGGAAAUUGGAACAUAAUGUCAAUGUUUAAAUAAAAUUUAAAAAAAGUGAAUAUAUAUUGUUUGUGAAACUAAAAACUUUUUUAAGUACUUUUUUAAGGGUAACAUCUCUAGUUAAUAUAUCAAUAAUCAAUUAUUUUCUUGUGCUGUGUAUGAUUGAGAUGCAGAAAUUCUAAAUAAACUGAAAAAUUUCUUGUCAAAAUCAGCAUUGUAACAUCAUUUUUCUGGAGCCCAGACUCCGAUGCCGCGCCCAAAUUUCUUCAAGAUACAGGGAAGAAAAUCAAAGCUGAAGAGAGAGAGGGGGGAGGAAUCAAAGGUCAUUGAAGAAUAUACACCCCUGGGCUAAUCCUCCUACCUUUUUAAACGGUGUACUAUAAAUAUAUAGACGCCUUAUUACGAUAGAGUAUAUAGUUUUGUUGCAUUAAAAAAUUUGACCUGCAGAUACAGUAAUAAACAUAUUAACGAUUUUUUACAAAGUGUAAUUAAAUAUAAUAUUUUUGUAGACGAAGAUCAUGCAGUUCUCAUUCAAAGCUGCCAGUGGUCAUAUAGAAGUGGAACCGGUCAAGAUUGUAUUUAAUAAUUCAUAUCCAGUACGUGCAUAUUCCUCAAAUAUACCUGUACCAACAUUGCUUGCAAGGAUAUAUGUUGCCGACAGACCACUUGAACAGAUACUGCAUGGAGCGCCAAAUCUCAAUUUAUUAUGUCGGUAAAACUCUUUCAAGAUCCCACCUUGCAAUAGAUGGUUUUCACCGAUCACGUAACAAAUCCUAAAAUCUAAACGAAAACUAUAAAUCAGGGCUAUCUCACAUGUUUCCAAGACUGAUCGCUUUUAGCAGCAUUCACCAAAAAUUUUGAGUUGAUAAAAUUUUUCCUUAAAGGGAUAUGGCAAUAUAAAUUAAGUUUGUCUGAUUUGAAAGAACGUUUAAAAUUAUAUACGAUUAUUAAUCCUUUACAAUUAUUUCGUCGUAUCUUGCUUGAUUUUCGAAUAAAUCGACUUAUUUUGAUCAAAGCAGCGUGCUUUCCGCCAUCUUGGAUAUGCAUUCGAUAUGCAUACGUCACAAGUAGGGUAAAAAGCGAAAUUUUUAUCUUGCAAGCCACAUGUCAUUAUCAAUAUGAAACUUGAUUUUCCGAAGUCUUUUUAGUACUCAAUUAACUCACAACAUUUUGAGAAACUUUUCGAAGAAAUUUAGUCCCGCAUGAAGAAGUUUUAACAAGUUUACCCUGUUUGUGACGUCAUGUUGGUGUACAGAAUUGCGGCGAAAUUUAUAUUAACUUAAAACUUCCGGUUGAAUCCUCGUACUAUACCGGUGUGUGGAACAUGUAAAAGCUUUAAUUUUUUAAUUUUAUGACGACGGAAAUGUUAAACAUUGCAGUUUAAAAAUGAAAAUCAUGGUACACUCCAUGGUUUGUGAAACAUUUGGAUUAUUCUAAGAAAAAAAUAUAUAUUCAUAGUAAAAGACCUCAUCUUGAUCAACGGUUCAUUCUCAGAGUUCAUAUGAUGUCAUUAUAUAUGAAUUUGCAAUCCAUCUAAUGACAUCGUAACCGGUAACUUCAACAGGAAAAAAGUUGAUCAAGAUGAGGUUUUUUGCUCUUAAUAUAUGUCACUUUUCCUCUUAGAAUAACCUAAAAUCAUAUUACAUUACACAAAAUCACAUAAUCAAAAUCAUCCAUACACAUUGUAACGCUAACCGUGUUUGUUUUUCAAGGGACAAACUGAAAAAGUUCCGCUGUUCCUAACAAGUACUUUCCUCAACCCUAUAAAUGUAUUUUCUACCAUGGUGAAAGCUGACAAACCAUUUGCAUUUGUUCCUAUCAACAAAUCAGAUGUACGACUUAAUCCGAAUAACCGACAAAAGGUAGGACAUAAACGUAUUAACAUUUUCAGUUGCAUAAUUUAUACAUGCUUGUGAUUUUAAAUUACCGUUAUUUUGUAGAUUGGAGAUAUUGUUUUUGACCCUCAACUUGCCUGCUCUACUGACUGUUACCUGGGCAUCGGAAGAAAGAAAAGUAAAGGUAAUUUUAAAAGCGACGAUUCAUUUAUCCACUCUUGUUUGAAUAAGCGACACCGUCAUCCAAUGGACCAUUUGCAUUAUAGACUAAAUUUUGAUCUAGACAAAAAUUUCAUCACAGCUUGAAAGCGCAUCACAAAAUUAGUAAUGUUCCAAAGUUUCGUUGCGAAAUGUUGUAAAAUGCGGAUAAUAUAGCCUUGCGAAGUUUGCCGUUUUUCAGUCAUUUUGUAUUACGUACGGGAAAUUGACAGCCCAAUCGGGUGUUGGGGCAUCAAUUUUCCGUUUGUAAUACAAAAUGACUGAAAAUUGCAAAUUUCGCAAGGCUAUAUUAUCCGCAUUUUACAACAUUUCGCAACGAAACUUUGGAAUAUUACUAAUUUUGUGAUGCUCUUUUAAUCUGUGAUGAAAUUUUUGUCUAGAUCAAAAUUUAGUCUAUAAUGCAAAUGGUGCAUUCUCCCCCUUGUCACUUUGCAGUCGUUCGUACGCAGACUGUCCAAUAAUAAUGUGGCUUGUUGGGUCACAUUUAAAUUAAUCGUCAUCACACAAGGUUUUCACGAAGUAAAUUCUGCUCAACGAGUACAGGUGUCUGAAAUUCAGGCUAUUUAUUAUUAUGUUCCGAUGGGGCGACUUAGCGCCCGAAACGUCCACGUUCUUCACUUCUUAUAUUAGGGAGUUUGCGCAUGUACGACGGCGUAUGAAUUUAAUACAGUUUAGAACGAGUAAAACAGAGCUUUAACCUUUAGAGCAAUUUGAUCAACUCUGUUAGAAAAAUUGCCGGCCACGGUUUGAAAUGCUAGCGUACUUUACAAGACGUGAAAAUAUGCAUUUUGCCGUCGUCAUUCGUCAACAGAGCCUGGACGACGUCUGAAACUCCUGCUAUACUUUUAAUUAUUAGUUUCUUUUGUGCUAUAGAACUAAUGACAUUGUAUUGAUAGCCGUCGUCCUGAUGUUGCCGUCUUACACGCGUAAACUCCCUGUUGUUCAGAUGGUUGUAGCUGUCUUUCCUAGUUCCAGUGCUUUCUAGGGAAAGUCGUUACUCGAUCUCUUUCCACUCCAGUUCGUCGGGCGUGGAAGGAGGCCGAAUACAAAAAGCGACUCUGACCGAGUAAUGGCUUUUUGCACCCGUUUUUUGUUCCUCAAUGUUGGCUGAUUUAUCAACUUUUCUUUUUCCAGACAAAGCGUGGUUUUCUAGCCUGUCUUUACCUCCUGAUACGCCACGUAUUGAUACAUUAGUACUUGAAAGCUUUCAAAGAAAAUGGAAUUCUCUGUUAGAAACAAAAAGGAACAGGUAUGACUUAGGCAAACUGAUAUUUUUGUUAAUAUAGUGUAUUAUUAUUAUUCUCCACGCUACGAACUUGUAAAAUAAAUACGAAUAUUUCUAAUCAUAUAGGAUUCUUAUAAGCAUGCCUUGGAUUGUGUCUGACCAAAUAUUAGCGAACAAAAGAGUCUGUGAAUGCGGAGAAUGUCUGUAUUAUAAAAGCAAUUGCACCAUUCGCUCUCGUCGUAAAUAUAGCUGCAUGAUAGCCUAUACUCGUAGUGACAGACUUCCUCGAGCUCGUGGCAUAAUUGUUAAUUUUACUCAGUAUACUCAUGUGCAUGUUGAUUUAUUUUGCUAUUAUUAGUUAGCAACUUAGCAUAAUGGCCUAAUUACAGAAUUGCAAGAGGGGGCAUCGAACAAAGUGUUUUUCUGCGCCUUAAUAACUCUAACAUUGAAGUAGAUCAAGCAAAAAAUCGGGCAAAUAUUUGUGUGAAAAUUUUUUUACAUUCACUUUCUGGCACUUGUUAGGUCGUCUUUAUGUGCCAUUUUUAAAUGAAAACUUCAACUUUGUCUCUGUCCCUAUUCACCGAUAAUCACCUAGCCUUCGGCGAAAAAUUGUUAAUUAUUUCUGUUUUCUAUAUUUAUAUUUAUAUUUUGUAAAGGGCCCACUGUAAUUGGUGUUAAGCUGUUGUGGUGUCCCAGCUUCUUUAAUGCAAUUAUUGUAUGAUGUUUGGAAGCGAAGCACAAUAAAUAAAUAAAUAAAUUCUGUGAGGUAUACUAAACUCUGUAUUUCGGUUAUAGUUUCAGCCAAAGUCUUUAUAUUGACACCGAAACAGUUAAAGGUGUUGAAGUAACUAUGCAAGGCAGUUUGACGUGGCCUUCAUUGACGCCGGAUCGUCCAAUCAGAUUUCCAUUAACACAUGUUGGCAAUAUAUCUCACAAGACAUUAACGUUAGAGAAUCCUGCUGAUGUUCCAGUUGUUGUUCAAAUUGUUCCAUUAUCUCUUUAUCCGGAUGCCCAAUCGGUCAUUGAAGUUUUAUCGGACAGGUAUGCUUUCCACACGACUUCUACUUGAACUACGUUCAACAAGAUGUAGAAGACAUAUUAUCUUUCUAAUUUAGUUAUAUCCGCUAUCAUCUGAAGGAGUAUAUCACUACGCCCAUCCUAAAGUUUCUCAAGUACAGGGAAACGACAUUUUGCUAUCUGCUAAGACCAUAGUCUAUUAAGAUAUGAUGGACUGGAAUACCGGCAAAAUAGUCUUUGGCCAGGAAUCCUGGCACUUCAAAGCCACAAAAUAGAAGAGCUUUGUUUGAUGUUGAACUGCACCUCACCGUGCACAAAUCCUGUCUCAACUUCAUUAAAUAUUAUUCAUCGUGGUUGCACUUUCAUCUCAGCUAUCCUUAUUGGACGGUUACUUAAUUAUUAUAAUAAUAAUAAUAAUAAUAAUAAUAAACAUUUAUAUAGCGCACAAACCAAGACUGUUCUAGGCGCUUUACACGAAAAUACAAAUGAGUUAUAAAGAAAAGUGAGUUAAUCAAAUGAGUUAUAAAGAAUUACACGAAAAUACAAUGAGCUCAAUCACCGUGACCGUGCGCAAAUUAACAUAAAGUCAGACAAAACAUAACACAAACACUUCUGUUCAGUUUCCAGACCAUCAUAUCUUGAUAGACUAUGCUAUAAGACUAGCUUUAAGUCACCAUGUCGCAGAUAUAGUGGAUUUUCCUAGGAAAGAUUUCUUUGAGAUAAGGCGUGUUUGUGUUUUGGCGCAAAUACUUAAUUUGGGCGUUAGAUUAUUAUAUAGAAAUCCCUGGUUUCAGUCCAAGUAACUAACACUGUAAAGGCUCUUUCCAGUCAUCGCAAAAACAAUUGUUUUCAAUGCUCGACAUGCAGUUUAGUUUAAUUAGAUGCAAGCAUUAGCUUCGGGCUUGCAUGAAAGUUGGUUUUAGAGAUCCUUAAUGAGUUUAGGGCAUUUACAUUACAUUUGGUUUGACACAUAAUAAGCACGAAAUCUGAACUAGGUAAAAGCUUUUGUUUAAUGUAUAUAAUAUAAUCUUGUAUUCGGUUUUAUUUAAUCUACAUAUUUAAUUUUACUUUUUUGUUUAAGAUUUGACGUGGAUCUGCUGACAGCCAAACCUUCAUAUCACUCGUGUUUCUCACUGCCAACAGCUAAAGUAGACAAGGUAUGUCUAUAUUACUUUAGUUUUGCUUCUCGUCAUGUAGGUAACCCAUAUACCCGUUCUUUACACGUGCGAAUAAUACACCAUUUGUCAUGGCAUUGAUUUUCAUUCCAUUCCAUGACAAAUGGCGUAUUAAUUCAUUCCAUUAACAAAAUAUUGGUUUUGAACGGCAACGCUCUACUAAUAUUUUAGAAAAUAAUAGUCACUUUUUGUUUGUAUUUUGUAGUAUUUGUUAGACAAACCGGAUUCUGAUGUGACAUCAUCAUUAGAUGCUACAAUUGGUGUGCGCACCUCACCUGAUGCUAUCUCUAUGAUUAUUGCUCCACGCUCUAAAGCGAACGUCCCAUUACAAUUUAAACCGGAAAAUGAAGACCAAAGAACAUCUGUCAUAUUUAUAAGGUACAAUAUCUGGUUGGUGUAACCCAUAAAUGGGUUUUGUACUAACGUCAUGAGGAAUUCAGCUUGAAUUCAAAGCCGAACAUCUUUGGGACGCAGUGUGGUGCACUCACUCCCAAAACGUCAGAAUCGUGUACACUUGGAUUUUCAUGAGAAUUUGUAGGGGUGGUGGGAGGAUGCAGCCGCCUGAAAAAUCUAUUCCCAUCUAUCGAAUGAGCCUAGGUCAGCCAUUGAGCUUGAUUUAAAUUAUUUUGAUAUGACUUAAAGUAUAUUGAUAGCCAUAGUUUAAACUUUUAAGGAAUUCUAUUUUAGCCACGCUUUUUCCUGGCUGAGGGCUCUCCCAAUGACAAGCAAACUUGUGUGGAAUUAGACCGAGUACAGUACUAUAGUCCAGAGUUGAGAAACUGAAGUGAUUAUCUAGUCGUAUAAAUUUUGUACAAUGUGUAGGGGUGCACCGGAUUUGGAAUUUUCAAAUCCGGCCGGAACCGGAUUUACCGGAUGUGGACAGAAAUUCCGGCCGGAAUUCCGGCCGGAUUUGCCGGAUUUGAGAUAAACCGGUAAUGGGGACAAUUGGGGAUAAAUCAGUAUUCAAAAUGACGGUUUAUGUUUUUUACUAUUUUUAGUUAGUGUCAGUUUAGAUUUUUGAUUGUGUUUAAACCUUUUUUAAACAUCUUUUUGUUAAUAACUUAAUAUUUUAUAAUAAUAUAAGUGUUUUUUUAAACUUUAAAGCUGCCAAAUUGAUGGUUUAUCCCAUUCUUGGUGAGCUUUUUAAGGUGAAAACAGAAAUUUAAAUCCGGCCGGAUUUGGGCCAAAUCCGGCCGGAAGCCGGAUGCCGGAAAAUUCAUUAAAUCCGGCCGGAAUUCCGGCCGGAUUUGAAAUCCGGUGCACCCCUAACAAUGUGUUAAUAAAGUAGAUGACUAGACUUUAUACGAGUGCGCAUUAUUUUUGAGACGAUAACUCGCCUUGAAUGUAGAACUAUUUUCAUUGUUGUGAAUUUAAGAAAAGAUAAUAUUUCUCACACGCUGCUGUUCGUUCUUUCUUUAGAAACAAUUUAACAGUAUUAGAUGUUGUUUCUGUACAAGGUCAGGGAGCAAGAGGUGAACUGAUGAUUAAUGGAAAGAGGCCAAGUGGCGACAGUGUGCUUUUGUUUGAGUUAAAACAAAAACAUCUGGAAGAUUGUACAAGUAUGUGCCUCAUAGUUUCUCUUAUUUAUAGUACUGUCUUGUUAUCAAAUCAGCCUGUUAGUCUUUGCCGUCGUACAUGUGACUGGACUUCGAAGCCGUCACGUGUAAAACGCGUUUCUCGAUUGCUUCGUCGUAGCUAUCCAACAUUGCCACCUAAUCCACUCGCAUAUAUACAGUAAUCCUCCAGUAAGGCUCGGGGGGAGGGGCUAUAUCUAUUUCGGGCAUGUUUGAGGACAGGAGAUUUAUUGGACAGGGGCCUUAUUGUUAGAAUUGCAUGCAGCAUAUGAAAUACAGCCUUUCGACAAUUACCUGACAAAUCCCUCCUUGGCCCGGCAGCCUCGUUCUCAUGAAUAAUGUGCAAAUAAAUAGCCUUUCAUCCUGAUCGAUGAGGCUCCCAGCCAAAGAAGUAUUCAUGCCGUAUAAGGGGUAUUGGAGGUCAUGUGGCAGAGAAUGAUGUUGAAUUGUUGGUUGAUUCUCUCGUCACUUUGAUGAAUGAGUGUCCAGCAAGACAUUGUGGUGAUGUUUUCUAGUUGGUGGGGUAAUGUCGUCUCAUGUGGGAAUACAGGCCUAUCCUGGAUGUAGCAUGUAAAAGGGGGGAAAUUGGACCCAGCCUUUCGCCAAGCUCAAGGAUGCCAGGCAUCCGAAAUAAACGUACAGUGCUGCUCUAUGGUUAAUAUUGUCUUAUUUUUAAUUCUAAUUAUCAGAGUUGAACCCGAGUUCUGGUGGCAAGCCAUAUCGUUCACUUACUGUAAAGAAAACUGUACUAGCUACAAACCCUGGUCAAUUGGCCACACAUGUAACAUCAUUCAAUAUUGAUGGUUAUGAAUGUGAAGGAUAUGGUUUUAAAGUUCUCAAUUGCAAGGCUCUGAAUCUUAAACCUUCUGCUUCAGUCAAGAUUGACAUUGCGUAAGUAAAUGCAGUAAAAUUGUACGAUCUCUAGUAUUAAACUGUCGAAACUAAACAAGAUGCGAGUCAAUUUUGUUGCAGACUUCCUAAAGUUCGUACUACAGUAUGAUGGGUCAAUAUUAAGCAAACCACAUAAAUCUAUAGUUAGGUAAUAAGCGUGAAUAUAAGUAAAACCUAACAGCAAAUACGAUGUCCCAACUAUAGGACUUCUUGGAAACAAACUGUAUAUGCGUUCUAAUAUAUAUGACCCUUUUGCGCCUAAAAAUCGAAAUAAGUUCGAAUUACGAAAGCUCUGUAUUUACUAGAGGUGUGCAUCGGAUCGGAUUGGACGUUUAUAAUCCGACAAUUGGCUAAUGUUUAAAAUCCAAUCCGAUCCUAAAUUGUUUAAUCCGAAUCCGAUUCGAGUUUUGAUAAAGAAUUCCGAUCCGAUCCGAAGAAUCCUUUAAUAAAGUAAAUUUCUCAUUCAAGUGGAAAUAUUUAACCAAAUAAAUAUAAAAGCAAAAAAUACAUGUCAAGAAGCUGACAAAGUGACGUCUUAUUGAAGUAUCAAACAAAUAAUGCAGCAACAACCGCGUUGUCGUGGAUAAUUAAUUCAUUUUAUUUCGAAUAUCGAAGUCCGAUCCGACUACGAAACAACUUUAUCAAUCCGAUCCAAUCCGAAACGAAUAUUUUUGUUCCGAAAUCCGAACGAAUCGGAUCGGAUUUGCACACCUCUAUUAUUUACUGCACAUCGUUAGAUCAGAUCUUCAUUUGUGCACCGUUUUGGGUUGUCAUAAUGUUUAAAAUUAAAAGCUAUAAUUUAAUUUGUUUGUUUUCUCUAGGUUCACUCCUGAUUUCUCUGUUUCGCGUGUAUCUCGACGUCUUCAAAUCAAGACUUCACUUGGCAGUGUGUUUGAGUUCAGUUUAAUUGCAACAAUUCCAUCAGAGCUUAUCCCACUUUGUGCGGCAGCAGCAGGACGACCACGCUGGGAAUAUCAAGCGUAUGUCUCCGCAGCUGCUAUCAUGGUUUGUUUACUUGCCGUGACUCUGGUCUUGGCUCACUUUGAGGCAAGAAAACUCAUCACCGCUAGUCUUGCAUCAUUACCACAUAACCAAGUCUUACUUAAUGGAACACAUAUGAACGGUGAUGUUUUUGAUCUACGGAAAAUAUCCGCUUCUGCACAAGCUCCACUUAUAUCAGAUAAUUUGUAUCUUCCACGUCAAGGUGGUAACGGAUCAGCUCGAGCAAACACGAAGGAAGUGAUCACUGCCGAAAAGAUGAAAGGCAAUUCCUAUUCUCAGCCUUUCAGAAGAAGCUCUAGUGAUAGCUGUGAACGACUUGCAUCAAACAACAACUCUAUAACCAGUGAAACACCAGAAUAUGACAGACUCAAAGUAAAAGCUAAUGACAAGGAUCUUACAAAGAAGCAAAAGAAAACCACAAGCGGCAAUCAACAAACAAAAAGAAAAUAUUCAGAUACAGAGAAUUCCAAACCCUUUGUCCUAGCUUUCCCUGGUGUUAGUGCCACAGAUACCUCGGCAAUGGAGCUGCUGAAUUCCGAAUGUCCUGUGAAUGAAACAGUGAAAUCACAACGUGAUAGUUCAUCAAGCGAUGGAAACAGCGUUUGCAGUGACGUGACCGUUGCUACGUUACCAGCGAAAAAGGAGAAGUCUAAAAUUCGGAAGAAGACAGCGAAAGUAUCUCCCGCGUUUGUACCAGUUGAGGAAAAGAAAACGAAAGUCUUUGAAAAAGUCAAAGUAAAGGACAACGAGAAUACGAAGGAUAAAGAAAAGACGGACAGUUUGGAAAGAGGAAAAGACAGAAAAGUGAAACAAAAUAGUGAAACGAAAGAAGAUAUUAAAGAACCAAAGAAACAAGAUGUGAGCUCGAAGUCAGUCAAACUCCAGAACAACAAAGCAACCAGCAAGACGUCACGAAAAACCAGUUUGCCGACCGAAUUAGAACAAACACAUCCCAAACCAAAGCUAGAUAAAUCAAAGUCACUACCAACAGGUUCUGUGAGCAAGCCACAGUCAAGUAAAUCUGGACAUAGUGUUGCGAACAAGAAGAACUCAUCAAACUCAAGCAAGCAAACACAACAAAGUGAAAAUACUCCACACACAAUAACAGAAGCCAUUAACUCGGCAUUAGAGAUUACACUAAAGCAUUCCCCCACAUCUGAAACUGGUCAAAGUUUUUCACGAAGUCAUUCUCGUUGUUCAUCAACAUCACCUUCGCCACCACUCUCAGAUUCAUCUCAAAACUUAAGUCAAAGCAGCCGUAGUAGCAGUUACAGCAGUGUGGUUGGAAGUGAGGAGUCGGCCAACAGUGAACCUUCUGCUAGAAGAAAGAAACAUUCAAAGAAUCCGAAACCAAGUCCACUGGUCAUACAGAAACCUACUGAACACACUAGUAAGUACCCAAAACUAAUGAUAUCAUUUAUUGUUAACCAAGACUCGUUAACAAAACAGAAAGAAAAUAAUUAUUCUCUAGAUGUCGACUUCGUCCUCGGCCUAUAAUCAAGUGUAAAAAUGUAAAGUAAUCUCGAAGUUUUUUUUUUCCUUUUUAGAUCCGUUCACUGUGAAACGUCUAGCGAGCAAUAACAUUGUCAACGAUCUUUCUGGUCCUGCCUGGAAAGGACUAUGGGAUACAACAGCACGUGACCCCAGAGGUUCGCCAUCUUUAGAAUCCUUCCCAUCAUCCUCCAUGUCGAGCUCGUUAUUCACGAGUACACCAUUUGAUAAAGAUGUUUCGCUGGAGCGACAUAAGUAUGUCAAAGAUGCACCUGCAGACGAAGACCCAAACGGAGAUAAAUACCCACUGUACACCUUCCAUGAUGUUAAAGCUCCAGGAUUAUCAACCCCUUUUGUUGAAGUCGGUACCUCCGUGCAGAAAUUCUGGCCUGACGAACCAAUCCCGUCACUGGAGAAUUUGAUUCCGAUAAAACAAACGCGCAACACCAACUGGGUUAAUUUCUUUGAUGAGAGCUCUGCGAACGCAUCCAAACUACCAUCUCCUGGCAUGCCUCAAAGUUCUAAGACUGUGGCAGAAAUCUGGGAUGCAGGUCAUUGGGCUGAUGAAAGUGAUGGUUGGUCAACUGCUUUUUCACCUACCCUGGAAUCAGAUCAAGCCUUCCCUCCCUUUCCUGGAGCGUACGAUUCAACCUGGUCGACUGGAACAUACCAACACGAUUAUUAUGGAAUGCCCAGUGAAGAAACUUGGGUUGAAGCUGACCCAUCAUCAACCGAAGCUGACGUGACGUAUGGUAGUAAUGACAGCCCAGUUUACUCAAGCGGAACAUCUCACCAGCUCAACCCGUACAGUGAACCAUGGGACGGAAGUAGUCGGGCAAAACCAAACGUCUGGUCCUCUUCGUCCAAUUAUUAAAUCUUCCUUUGCCAAGUUAUUUGUGUGAUUUCUGUAUUUCUUUACCUUUCAUGCGACGUUUCCAUAGUGAUCUAGUGUGGUGAUGUCGAUAUUACUGUAAUAAAACCAUUUUUUGUUUUUAAGAAAAAUAUUUCUCAAUCAUAGGGUUAUUUAAUAGUCAAUUUUUGAUCUUUGUAGUUUCGUAGAAGGUUUAUAUUCAGGUGUUUAUUUAUUGAUUUGACUUGAGUUGCAAUAUUCUACGCGUUAUUCUCCCAAUUUAAGUAUAAUCGAACUGAAAUAGAUUAAAAUGAUUUUAUUUAUGAAGAAUUAUUUAUACAUCUCAAUGACUUAUAGGUCGACUAAAUUUAUUUAGGAGUUGCGUUCAUUUCACCGUUCCUCCAUUGUAGUUUUUAAAAUCGUUUUUGUAACGUUUUUGUAGUGUAAGAAUUUUUUAAUCUCACAAAGUAAAUAAAUUUUAAGGAAACUCGCCACCACUCUGUGUCUCAUUUGUUUUAUUAAUCAAGAUUCGUAAUGUUCCUUGUUGCAGUAAACUAUAAAAGCAUAAUUGAACAUUGCCAUCAAUCUCAGAUCAUUAGCUGUACUGCAACAAUUGUUUUAACAAGCCCGGAGGGGGCAAACAAAUUAUAUUUCUGACCAGCCGCAACAUGAUUUGUUAGCGCAACAAUCUCAAUUUCAAUUUCCUCACGCGUUACGGAGCUGUCCACGGUUAUUCUGGUGGUGGGUGGUGUCAAAUUGAUCCAUGGAUGGAUAUGU